AUGAUAUAAUAGAAAAAUUAUUUCAACAUUCUAAAAAAAUUUUUAAACUCUUCACUUGAAUUGCAUUAGGUUCUCCAUCUUGAUCUAAGCAAGAGGUUUAAUACUGAUAAAAUUUAUGAUAAAGAGGCAUAAGAUUUAGGUUCUUGUUUAGGAAAAUGCACUAAUCUCUCAGAUUUGACAGUUGAUCUUGAUGGAAAUUCUAUUGGUGCAAUUGGUGCAUAAGGCUUAGGUUCUGAUUUAGGAAACUGUAUUAAUCUCUAAAAUUUGACAUUUCAACUUUAUGGAAAUAAAAUUGAUGCUUUAGGUGCAUCAAGUUUGUGUUCUGAUUUAGGAAAGUGUGCUAAUCUCUCAAAUUUGUCACUUUAACUUUAUGGAAAUUAAAUUGGUGAAGGUGCAUCAGGCUUAGGUUAUGGUUUAGGAAAAUGCACUAAUCUCUCAAAUUUGACACUUGAUCUUUCCAAUAAUACAAUUGGUGAUGAAGGUUUAAUAGGUUUAGGCUCUGGUUUAGGAAAUUGCACAAAUCUCUCAAAUUUGACAUUUAAACUUUAUAUGAAUUAAAUUAGCUUUGUAGGUGCUUCCUGCUUAGGUUCUGGUUUACGAAAAUGCACUAAUCUCUUAAAUUUGAAAGUUGAUUUUGAUUAUAUCGAAAUCUGUGAAUCAUAAAAAUUAGAAGUAAAGUUUCUCAAAUCGAAAAGAUUAGUUGUCUUAGAAAUUAUAUAUUGA